CUCCCCAUGCAUCCCUGCGCUUCCUGACCUACACCCCUGACGUGCCGGGGACAAUCAGAGGGGGGUUAGAAUUAGCUUAUAGCACUUAGCCGUCCUGAUUUUUUUAGCAAGCUCUCAAUUUUGCUAGCGCUCGGAAAGGCUACAGCCUGCACGGCCCUCUCUCUGGAGCGUGUGCAGGGUGAGGAGACUCCACUGCUCGUUUAACUGAGUCUCUGUAAGCAACAGGUGUCAUAUUGUUUGUGCUUCCUCAAGGGGGGUCCAGGCCCUGACUUGGCUGACUUUUGGUGGAACACUAGCAGGACUAGCACGGAGACACAGCAACAGUGCUUCACUCUUGAGGGCCAAUUGUGGGUUUUCAGCACUGUUUGACAGACAUGGAAGUGCGGGGCUCCACCACCACCACCACUGUCCUGGAGAGUAAAGGCAGUGAUGCGAGUGCUUCCUCCGUCCGUUCAUCUAAACGCACCAUGACUGAUGACCUGUACACAACCUUCAGCUCUCCUAUGGCCUGGGUGCUGGUGCUGGCCCUCAUCAUCACCUGGUCUGCUGUAGCCAUCAUUGUAUUUGACCUGCUGGACACCAAGAGCCUGGAAGCCCAUACAUUAUACUGUGACGACCCCUGUUUGCCACCUGGACCUCAGCCAGGCCGGGUCAGGAAAGCCUUCAAGGAGGCAGGCAGCCCUAGAGGGGGCAUUCAGCACAUGAGCAAAGACCCCGUGAAGGCAGUGACGGACGCCAUGGAGGAGUCCACCGACUGGAUGAACGCAAUCUUGACCUUUAUGACUAAUUUGGUAGCGCCAGAGGAGGAGGAAGAAGGAGAAUGGCAUUCAGUGAGGAAAAAAGGAGAGUUCCUGCCACCGAGGAAAAAAGUUGCAGAGUUGCGGGCCAAGGAGAUCAUUGAGAAGGAGGAAGAGGAGAAGAAACGGCAGGAGGAGGAGAAGGAAGAGGAGGAGGAGGAGGAAGAAGAGGAGGAAGAAGAGGCAACACCUGUGGUGGAGGAGGCUGAGGAGGAGGAAGUACAGGAGGAUGAAGAAGAGGAUGAAGAGGAAGAAGAAGAGGAGGAGGCAGCAGAAGAAGAUGAAGAAGAAGAGGAGGAGGAGGCAGCAGAAGAAGAUGAAGAAGAAGAGGAGGAGGCUGUAAAGGCUGAAACAAAAGAGGAGAAAAAGAAAGCCAAAGAUAAAAAAGAGGAGGAGAAAGAGGAGGCGAAGGCAGACAAAGAGGAAGAAGAAGAAGAAGAAGAAGAAGGAGAAGAGGAGGAGGAGGCAGAAGCAGAACCAGAGGUAAAAGCUGAAGCAGAAGAAGAGGAGAAGGAGGAGGAGAAGGCUGAUAAAACCGCAGACUUAGAAGAAGAGAAAGAAGAAGAGGGUGAUGAAGCUGCUGAUGAAACAACAAAACAAAAGGCAGCGGAACCUGCUGAUGAAGGUGAAGAUAAGGAGGCGGACAAAGAAGAGGAAGCUGUGGUCACUACUGCAGCAGCUGAUAUUACUGAUAAGGAUGUUACUGACGAAGACAAAGAUGCUAAAGAUGCUUCAGAAAAAGAUGAAGAACCUGUUCCUGCUGCUGCUGAUGGUGAUAAAGCUGAUGAUGUGAGUGACACUGAUGUCAGUCCUGAAGCUCCAGCAGAGGCUCCACCUGGUGAAGAGGUGAGACCCCCCCAAGAAGCUAAAGACGACAAAGAUACUGAUGAGAGUGAUGAUACAGAAGAAGCAAUUACCGCUCCAGCAGAAGCUGAUGAAAAAGAUAAGGAUGAUAGUAAGGAGGGUGAAGAUGAAGCCGCUGAGACUGCUGAUGAAAAAGAUGAGAAGGAGGACAUCGAUAAAGGUGAAGCUGCAGAUGAGGAAGACAAAGCUAAGAAAGUAAGUGAACCUGCUGCAGCUGAAGUUGACAAAACAACAGACGAUGACCAAAAAGACCAAGAUGACCAAACUGAAGACAAGGAGGACAAAGAGGCUCUUAAAGAAGAUGCUGACCUUGAGCAAGGAGCCAAAGAGGAACCAGUGAUAGUUAUCAGUGCUGCACUAGACAUGAAAGAACAAGUGAGGGAGGAUAAGGUGAUCAAGAAGGAGGCAGAAAAACCUGAAGCUGAAGAAUCACCCAAACCAGUUCCUGAAGAGGAGCCAAAACCAAAGGCAAUCAAAGAGGAUGAAGAGAAAGAAGAGGAAUCAGAGGUCCUUCUGAAACAAGAAGAAACUAAAAAAGAAGAUGAAGAAAAAGAAUCUUCUACCUGUGUGUGCGCUCUGCCACAGCAACCUGUAGAGCCUCCAGUACAAGACACAAAGCCAAAGGACGAAAAAGAGGAAGAGGUGAAGAAAGCAGAGCCACAGGAAAAGGAGGAGGAAGCAGUGAAGCAAAAGGUGGUGGAUUCUGAGCUGCCUAAACAAAAAGAUCCAGAAGAAGUUGAUGUUGUGGCACCACUACAGGACUUGCCCGCAUGCCGUCCUACACCAGUGUACUGCCCGGCGCCCCCUGGCUGGUACGUGCAUCACAUAGUCACAGAUAAUCCACUGCCACCGACGACUCUGCGAGAAUCUCAGGUCGCUGCAAUAGCAACUCAUGCUAUCACUAUUCAGAGGAUGGAUGAAGGCAAAGAGAAACCAGAAGAAACCGCAGAAAAGAAAAAGCCCCCUGCUCCAAAGAAGAAAGUUAAAGUAGCUCCUAUGAAGAAAGUCUUAGCAUCAAAAGAGAAGGCAAAAGCAACCGCUCUGAAGAAAGAACAAGAGGCACCUAAAGACAAGCUCCGACUGAUCCCCCGUAGACGAGAAACACAGAAGCUGGUCAAGCCUACCAAACAAGUCACACCAGUGAAAAGGAGGGUCAGACCAGUGGAGAAAGAGGAGAGGAAAGCAACCAAGCAUGUGAAGCCCACUGUUGAGGAUAAAAAGAAGACUGCUCCAGCAAAGAUUAAACAAGCUGCUAAAGCAAAAGCUCCAGCAAAAGAACCUAAAACCGCAGCUGUAACAGGUAAAGCCGCUGCAGAAGAGAGAAAAGCUGCCAAGGACACAGAAGAAAAACCGGCAGAGCCACCUGCACCAGCAAAAACUGAAGAAAAUGUCACGGAGGGCAAGAAGCCAGGAAAGAUCCCAUACUUUCAGUGUGUGUUAGUGGGUGGAAAAGCCAGCCAGUAUCCAUUACGCCCAUUGUCUCCUGCUAUGACUCCUGCUAUUAACCCGGCCAUGAUGAGAGCCAUGAUGGAGCAGAGAGCCAGUGUGCUGGAGCAGAAGGCCAAGGCAGCGGGACAGUAACCCACCCGACUGUUCCAAGCUGAGAAAACCUUCCUGAGCUGCUCUUGAGCUGCUGCAACCCAUUUAAAAAUGGUAUAUACAGUUGUAUGUAAAAGUUUGAACACCACUGGUCAAAUAUUUUCACUUGAGAAAAUCAGCAAACAAGUUAGCAUAUCCUCUACAGAGAACACACUUCAAUAUGGCAUUUCUUCUGGAAGUGUUAGUUGAUUUCUAUUUAUUUGCACAUUUGAACGUAUGGUA